AUGUCAACGGAAAAAAAGCAGCUCAUCCUCAAUGCGUUUUCAAUGCACUCGCCCAGCCAUCUGAAUCCAGGCCUCUUCCGAUACCCAGCCGACAAGGGCGCUGACUACAAAAACAUCAAGCACUGGAUGGCUCUCGCCCAGAAACUUGAAGACGCUAAAUUCCACGCAAUCUUCUUCGCCGACGUUCUCGGAGGCUACGAUGUCUACAAAGGUCCGGCCAAUCUAGACCCGACGAUCCCUGCUGGAGCCCAGUUCCCGAUCAACGACCCCCUGUACAGCAUUCCUGCCAUGGCAGCUGCAACAGAAAGUAUCGGCUUCGGAGUCACCGCUUCGACGACAUAUGACGCGCCCUACGCUCUGGCCAGACGCUUUUCGACCGUCGAUCACCUUAGCAACGGGCGCGUGGGGUGGAACAUUGUCACGUCUUAUCUUGAUUCUGCGGCACGCAAUUUCGGCCUUGAUACGCAGGUCGAGCAUGAUGAGCGGUACCGCAUUGCCGACGAGUACCUUGAUGUUACGUAUAAGCUUUGGGAAGCUUCCUGGAGGGAUGAUGCCGUGGAAUGGAAUCUAGACUCAGCCAAGACAAAUGGCUCGGUCGAGGGCUCCAGGUACGCGGAUCCUCGUGGUGUGCGAGAGAUCAAUCACAAGGGGAAAUACUUCCAGGUCCCCGGGCCUCAUCUCUGCGAGCCGAGUCCCCAGCGUACACCGUUCCUGCUGCAGGCUGGAACCUCGACUGCCGGGAAGGCGUUCGCUGCCAAGCACGCCGAGGCACCAGAGCUCGUGCGCCCGUCCGUCGACAGCAUCCGCCAGCAAGCUGCCGACCUUGGCCGUGACCCUCGCGAUAUCAAGAUCGUGGCAGGGGCUCUGGUCAUCGUCGCCGAAACGGACGAGGAAGCCAAUGUGAAGUUUGACGAGUUGAAGAAAUAUGGUGAUCGAGAGGGUGCCCUGGCUCUCUUUGGCGGCUGGACUGGCUACGAUCUUUCCACCCAUACAGACGAUCAAGACUUCCGGUUUGUGGAGCAGCCUGCCGUCCGAAGUAUGGUAAAUCACUGGGCGAGCACCGUGCCCGGAACCGAGGGCAAAAAAUGGGACAAGAAGACGAUUGCAGAGUACUUGACCCUGGGAGGCAAUGGUGUCAAGAUCGUUGGCAGCGUCCAGACGGUAGCUGACGAGUUGGAGCGCUGGGUAGAUGUUGGUGAUGUCGAUGGAUUCAACCUGAGUUAUGCUAGUCUCCCCGAUACAUUCGACGAUGUCAUUCGUCUACUGCUCCCGGAGCUGCAGCGACGGGGUCUAUUCUGGUCGGACUAUGCCGUGAAGGGAGGCACCAUGCGUGAGAACAUGUAUGGAAAGCAGGGUCAGUCAAGACUUCCGGAUACUCAUCAUGGUGCAAAAUACUUCUGGCGGAAGGGCGAAGAAGUGCCGCCUUACUCUCUGAUUGAGGCUCAAUAA